CAACGAGAAUAGAGCGGAGGAGGAGGUGGUGGUGAGGAGGAGGAGGUGGUGGUGGUGGGGAGAAAGACGAGGAGAGAGCAGAAGUCGUGAGAAGACGAAGCGGAGGGAAGAGCAGAGGAGGAGGAGGAGGAGGAUACUCUACUCGGGGUGUUACCAGCCUCAUGAGAGACUCUGAGAAGGACACAGUGCUGGACGAAUGCUCGUGUGUCGUUUGCCACGGGGAACGUGACCCCGGUUUAACGAUGGUGGGAGCGGAGGAGCGGGUGGGUGAGGACGGGCUGCAGGCUGCGUUCAAGCGGCUGCGCGUCGAUGCUGAACAGGAAAAAAAAACUAACGGAAGUGGACAAGACUGCAGCAUUCAAAGUAUAGCUCCGCCACUUUCACCGACUGCUCUUGAAAACAGGCAGAGGAGACCGUGUAGAUCCAACAGAGCUCGCCCUCGACGUCGAAGAUCCAAGUCGCCCAUCCUUCACCCACCGAAGUUCACCUACUUUAGUGCUGCAGCACCAAAAGCAAAAACAUUUUUUGUGAGAAAUGGCCGGCUGGAACCUUAUCCGCAUGUCGGGGAGCAUCGUGAUGUCGGUCUUGCAAAUGAAAAUGCUAAGCUCGAGACUGCGACCGCAGACUACGUUGCAGUGAAACCUGACGUGACAGUCCCAAAUGUUGUGGCAGAUGAAUCCUGUUUGACUGCUAGUAAGUUCAUUGAUGCCAAUUCAAAAUACGUGAGCACCAUUGAUGGAAAAGUGUUUGAAGCGCCGGCGCUACAAAGCCUUCCAGAUUUCCACCGGCUUUCUGUAGACUCAACAUUGGGCGCUUUAACGAGUGCAGAAGGCGAUGGGUCAGAGGUGUAUUCCUUUACUGGGCUGCGAGAGGCAAUUUCCUCAACAGAAAGCAAGCCUGAAGACAGCAGUGCUUCCUCCCCAAAGAAGCGCUCACGCUCCAGCCACAGUUGUUCCACUUCACCAGUGCCCUUGCCUCCAAGCUCGUGCUCAGAACAAGCCCGAGUCGUGGACGACACGACGAUCGAGGACCUCUCGGGAUACCUGGAGUUGUACCUUUACCUUCCGAAGAAGAUGUCCAGCAUGGCUGAGAUGAUGUACACGUAAAGCUGUCCUGGUGCUCCCUCUGCGUCUUCCAUUGUCCAGUAAGCAGCUGAUUAUUGAGCCAGUUGCAGAUAAAAUGACAAUUGAAAAUGCUGUGGUAAAAAAAAAAUACUUAAAUGUCAAUUGUGUGCCUAGCAGCAUACUUUACCUUGAGAGUAAUAUGAGGCUAGAAUUAAAUAACCAAUAAAACAAAUCUGUCCAUUAUUAUCGCAUUUAAUAAACUGAUGGGAUUUACUGUGAGAAGUAUUUGCUUGUCAUGCAGAUUACCGAUUGGGUCUUUAAUGUCAGAGGGCAUUGUUCAGUAUUAAUAAAGGUAACGAAUGGAUUUCUGAUGCACACUGCUCAUAAGAAAACUAUUUGCUUGAAAGAUUAAGAGAUGUCUCAUAACGGGCAACCUCCAACAUGCUGAAGUACACACGUGGAUCUGUCGCCAUGUACCUGUUUGUACUUCCUGUAAUUAAAACUUGGACCUGGUGUGAAGACUUUACUGCUAAAUUAAAAGUGCCAUUUUAUAAUGUUUUAUUUCUUGACCUCCUGUAGCAUAGACCUCCGGCUGUGAAACUUCAUGCCUUUGACUUCGUGGUGCUUUCAUGAUAGGGCUCAUUGCAUGCCAGUUAGGUUAGUGGUGAGCGCAUUUAUGAUUAAGCUGUCAAAUGGCUUUAAAGAAAUUAGGCUUAAUGCUAAAUACAAAUGUUACAAGCCCACCUUAUACCCAAUUUAUGUUUACAUUUUUAUUUAGAUUUAUAUUAAUAUUUGCAAAUUGGCAUGUUCGCAAUGGAUGGGUUUAUAUUCUGCUCAAAAUGUGGAUUGAAAUGGAACAGCUGUGGUGAAUAAUAUCUUUGAAACAACUUUUUCGGUAUUGUUUACAGUCGGCGGACAUGUCAAGCAUGAUAAUUAUGGUAUUUAUUCAGCAGCCUGCUACCCAUGUUUCAUUAUAUCCUCAAGAGAGAUUUUGCAUUCAUAGGUGUUGGGUGUUGAGUGUUGGCAAGAUUUAGCUGAUAUGUACAUUAUCUGUACAUUGGUAUACACAUCACGUGAGCCCACAGAUUUGAUUGUAACUUAUUGCUACUGAAUAAAAUGAUA